UCUAUUUUAGAACAGGUGGUUGUUUACUUUAGCAGCGAAUACAUAAGUCUUAAAGUGGCAAUCAGCAAUGCAUCCUAGGUGAAAAAUGACUGAAUAUUAAUCAAAAUGAAAGAACAUCGUAAUUAGGGAUGGAACUAUCAAAUUCUCUUGAUCUGAAUAUGGAUGAAGUGAUCUUAAAAGGUGGUGCUCCUUGGGGAUUUUCUUUAGCUGGUGGAUCAGAGAAAAGAACAUCACUUAUUGUCGAUCAUGUUGAUGAAGGCGGAAAGGCGGAUGGAAUUCUUCUCCCUGGAGACAGGAUCGCUGCUGUCAAUGAUGUAGCUUGUGCAUCCCAAACAGAGGCUCUUCAACUCAUACACAGCGCAUUUAAGACACUCACUGUCAAAGUAGAACGGAGAUCAUUAACAUUAAAAGAAAAACUGGACUUGGCAGUGCUCAAUGAUGGAGAGACCAUUUUGACUCAGGGAUAUGAAAUAACCCAGAAUCUCAUUCUUCAAAGACACAUUAAUGCAUGUAAAAAAGAGAAACUGAACAUACUUUACAACUGUAUCAAAAGUCUGGAAUUUCUACCUUAA